UGGAUUAAAGACAUGCUAAAUGUGCUGUAAUCUUAAAAGAUGUCGAGUCGUAUCGUAUCUACAGUGUUUUUUGCAUCGCUUCCCAUUGACCAGGCAUCCCUUCCGGUAGAUGAGGUCAACUUUUCCCUAGAUCCGCCAUUUCAGUCCCGGAGUUUCUUGUUGCACAUUAGUUUUGAAUUCAUUCUUUUGUCAUUUUAAACGUUUAAGCAGUCCGAGUAUCAGGAUUUCGUGGUGCAACAGAAGUUCCGUCUUCUUAAAAUUGAAAUUAGUCGUGGAAGUUUCAAAAUAUCGUGGUAUUAUAGCGUUUUUUUUCCACGGGGAAACGUUAGUCAACCAAAGUUUUUUGUAUGAGUUGCGGAUAGGGAGAGGCGACGAGGGGAAAAGGCCUCAAAGCCUCGGACUGGAUUUCACUUCACAGCCAUGGCCGGUAAUUUUGAUGCCGAAGACCGCUCUAGCUGGUACUGGGGGAGGCUAAGCCGCCAGGAAGCCGUUUCUCUUCUACAGGGACAGAGACAUGGCGUGUUUCUGGUGAGAGACUCCAUCACCAGCCCGGGUGACUACGUGCUGUCCGUCUCGGAGAACUCCAAAGUGUCCCAUUAUAUCAUCAACAGCAUCAGUAACAACCGGCAAUCUGGCUCAGGUUUGGCUCCCCCUCGGUUUCGGAUCGGGGAUCAGGAGUUUGAGGCGCUGCCAGCCCUGCUGGAGUUUUAUAAGAUCCACUACCUGGACACCACCACACUCAUAGAGCCCAUCAACAAGGCCAAGCACACGGGAUUCGUCAGCGCCUCUGCUGGCGCCCCGCUGCAGCCGGACGAGGCGGAGUUUGUCCGAGCGCUAUUUGACUUCCCGGGUAACGACGAGGAGGACCUCCCCUUCCGCAGGGGGGACAUCCUGCGGGUGCUGGAGAAGCCAGAGGAUCAGUGGUGGAACGCAGCCAACCAGGAGGGCCGAGCCGGCAUGAUCCCCGUGCCCUACGUGGAGAAGUACCGGCCCUCCUCGCCCACCGCUACCGGCCUGGGUCCCCCUGUUGUGGGGAGUGGACAGGGGGGGCAAGUGGGAGGGGUGGUGGGCAGCACAGACGCAACAGGUGGCCCUCAGACCAACCCUCUGGGGGACCCCGGCCAGUACGCUCAGCCCGUGGUCAACGCCCAGCUUCCUAACCUACAGAACGGGCCCGUCUACGCCCGAGCCAUUCAGAAGAGGGUGCCCAACGCCUACGACAAGACGGCACUCGCUCUGGAGGUGGGCGACACGGUAAAAGUGACCAAGAUCAACGUGAACGGCCAGUGGGAGGGUGAGUGCAAGGGCAAGCGAGGCCACUUUCCCUUCACCCACGUCCGGCUGCUGGAGCAACACCAUCCCGACGACGAGAGCUGAGAAACUCUCCCAGCACGCCCCUUCUCUUCUGGUCAUCACGUCAUGCUCGGAGAGACAAAGGAUUUAUACAAGCACACACUAUAUGAACCUAUGAGCUCAACACGAGACGUGUUGGUGGAUCUUGCCUGCUGUCAUUUUGAAGAGUUUACACUACGGUCAGACUGAUAUCGGUUCGCCUAUAUGAGCGUUGUUUCUUUUUUUUAAGUCGGCAUCACACACUGUUGGCUCGCUGCUUGACUACUUCUCUGAAACCAGCAAUUAAACAUGCCUUGCAUUCAGAUCGAUGGUGGCAUUUAUUGGUUUAGUAUUUAUUCAUGUUGCAUUUAAAGAAACACAAUUUGUGUGUCAUCUUAACCAGAUGGUAAUAUUGAUUCAUCUUAGCCUAGCGUAGCUCCACAACUGAAAGCAGCCGAGUCGAUAACUCCAGAGCCGUUUUAUUUGUUUAUUAGACACUGUUUAAAGAGGCUUACACACCUAACCUCUUUGUAAAGAAGGUGUGAACGUUAGGAUUUCUGUCCCACUCUGAUGUAUUUUAGCAGUUCAUUAUAAAGUGUAUGAAACCUACCGACCACACUGACUAUUCCCCCCCCCCUUAAUGUUACAGCACAACACUCCCUUUUCUAUCCAUCAGGCAUUCUUUUUACCACUCGAGGUCCCGUUGCAGUGUCGACUAAUAAUGCUUAUAAUCCUGACUUGCUGUUAGUUAUUGAUUUCUCCUCGUGGGUCCAUGUAGCGCUGAUGAUGCGUUCACCAGAACUGUCCAAUCAAUGAGCUCCCUGUCAGUCCGUGUCACUUCAUGUUUACAGUCUUUGAUGCUCAUCCAAGUUGGUGCGUUGGAGCUGCUAACCCUAAAAUAUUCAAUCGUUUUUGAAUGCAAUAAAAGGUUAUCAGAGAUAUUCAGUUCAAAUUGUCAUGUUUAAAUAUUGGCAAAAUGUCAGUUUCUAUCCAAAAUGGGCAGUAUUAGACGGUAGGAACCGAUAUCAGUCGAACUGUAGUCCACACAUCUCCAUCCCAGUAUUGAAGUCUGCAAACACACACAGCAGAGCCGAGCCACUCUUCCCCUCCUGUGUUACCCACUGCAUUUGAUUCAUACAGAAGGGAAAAUCAAUUGCACAUCGGGAGACGAAACACUUGGCUUCUCUCACAGAAUCAUGAAUCAGAGAGUUUUUGUAGUGCCAGACUGAACCGUACGGAGCGAGACGAGCAAAGACUUUUCCCGAUGACUCCGUCUUGCAGAGAAGACGACUUCACCAACGUAUUACACCCAACACUACACACACACACACCCAAAGUCUUUUGUUUUUGUACCGAAAGUGGAAAAUAUUAUGACCGAACACAUCUUACAUGCUAAAUACUGUAAACAUGUUUUUCCUACCUUUAUAUUUUUCUUUUACUUGUUACCAGAGACGCAUCUGUUAUUUUAUGUUCCUCUUUUAAAACACUAUUCAGCGCCAACACGGAUGACUUCACGUGAGACGGUGUGAAAGAACAAAAUGAGGCCGUUUUAAAAGAUGAGCGAGGUUGAGGGAUUUUAUGUAUAACUGGUAAAAACAGACAUGUCUGCACUGUCGUUGCUUGUGCCAUGGUUCACGCAUGGUUCAUUGUUUCUCAUCGGCCACAUUGAAUACACAUGCUAUUAUUACAAAAAGCUUCUUUUUUUUUUUUUUUUUUUACAAAUUGAGCAUUAUGUGGGUAUGACAAUAAACCAUGAAAUGGUCUAUGGCUGCUCUCGUGAGUGAAAUUUAAUUUUCAGAUACCCUUCAGAUUGGACCUUCUUCCUCUAAAGCAGGCAGAGCGAUCGCUGACUCGGGAUGUCCUCGACGUUAUCUCUGCUGAUGAGAUGACAUGCAAAUCUUUGUAAAAUGCGGUAAACGGCGAUGAAGCUGAUGUAACGCUGUUAUCAGUGACAAUAACACUGUUUUUAAGUAAAGAAAUCAUCCUGUGGUCAUAGUCUUAUGUAUUAUAGUAAACCUUAUACUCUUGUGUAUCAACUCUACCGUGGUACAUAAAUGCAAUGGAGGCUUCUUGUAUGAUGGAAAUGGUAAACCACAGCAGGAGUGAUGAACCAGGGAGGAGCUACAGAGUUGAGUCCUCUUUACCUCGUGUGUUGUAUCGGAGAAAGUCACCUGAAGCCUCGCGGUUCCAUCAUUCAUCCAGUAUUGUCUUUGAUAUGUUAAAAUGAACAAAACACACCAAAUGGUUUCCACAGCGCUCGCAUAAGCACACGUUCAACACAGCCCUGGGGUCAGAUGUGUAAAUGAUGCCUAUGCACAACUAUCACUCAUGUCACUUACCGAACAUAUUUGUAGUAAGGAACGCUGAGCAGGUGCACAUCAUGUACAUGCAUCAUGAAAGCAUAUGCAUAGAGUGUGACAUGGUAGAGCGGAAAUUAAAAAUAAGAUGAUCAUGAAGUGUUGCAGUCUAAAAAAACUAUAUUGUUAGCAACUGAUAUUUGGUGACAUUGUGCUCUUUCGUUCUUGCCAUGUCUUAAAGUCCCGGUUUGAGCAUCUUUAGCUGACUGUGAGUAAUCCCCAGUGAAGCAGAAUAUCUGAGUGGUCGACAGUUACAAGAGGGAUGUAAACAUUUGUAAAAAGUGGGCAUGCUUAGAAUGUAGCACAGUUCGGAGCUACAAAGGACUGUGGCUCCACACACCUCCCUCUUUUCCAAAAGUUGCAGAUGGAUGAAUGUCAUAUUAUCAGUUUAAAUUGGUUUGGUACAAGCUUACGUACUGUAGGCACACUUCAUAUUGUGUUUUACAGGAAGAAAGGACGAUUGGAUUUUGAUAAAAAAUGUGAAAAAAAUAAAACAUUUAAAAAAUAUUUUGCAUAUGUUGCUAAGAGGUGGACAAUAUAUAACUGGGGACGAGAUAUAAUAGAGUUAAAAAGGCAUUUUUAUUUGUAUUAUUAUCUUUAGAAGUAUUGAUUUGUGUCCAGGUUUAGCUAUUCAUUCAUGCAUCUGACCCCAGAUAUCCCGAAGCGUCAUCUGAGUUUACAAUGUCUUGUGGAAAGUUUCCCUCCAUUGUUUGUUAUUUAGACUCAAAUUUAAGGAGAUUAUCUUUUGUACGCUAAAUUAAAUGCCAUAUUUUUUAUUACCGUAACAUGUGUUUAUCAAGGUAAUUUACAGCCCUGUAUAUAUUAAUAAACAAUAGUUUUAAGUCCCCAUAUUCCAUGUGUCUUUGUUAAGGUGAAAUAUUUGAGCUCAGCUAAAUUAUUGGAAUUGAGUACAUUCAGUGGUUAAUGCGACGAUAAUUGUUGAGUUUGUGUAACUAAGUAGAGCUCACAUGGAUAUAUAGUUGUACAAUUAACACGAAAUUAAUGUUAGUGACACUCCAAUCGUUAUGAUUGGAUGCAAAAGGGCCGUGUUAGUGAUCUUAAGGAAGAAUGCUUUAAUAACAUAAACAUCUGGUGUGAGAUGUCUCCCAAAACCCGGUAUUGUGCUGGAAGGUAUUGUGCAAUUUGGGACAAAACAAAAACUGAAAAUGCAAUGUCAAUUCUCAAGUGUAGUUAUUUUUUGGCAUAGGUUUGACAUCAGUUGGAUAUUUAAAACGAUGAUGUUUGAUUGUUUCCAUAUCCCUACAGUCCUCUCCCGUCGUUGAGUGGAAAGAAGUGAUCGUCACAGACUGCUCCGUCUGUUCUGUAGCAGUCCUUUUUUCCUAUUUGUUGUAAUAUCUUUAUGCAAAAGUGGUUUAUCUGGUAUUGCAUUCAGAUGCAUGGCACUGAACUCACUAAUUGUUGCCUUUUACAGAAACUAUUCUCAUAACUCUGCAGUUAGUUGUUUUUAUAAAGAAGAUACCACUGAUGAUCCUACAAUGUGCACCAUAUCUCCUUAAGUCUUAUCAUGCCAAAUAACGUUUAAUUGUUCUUUUAGUUGUUGUUUUUUUAUUGAUCAUACAUUUUUGUUUUUGUGCCAUUUCGACCUCACUUUGAAGAGGACCCGAACAAGCAAACACAGGAUUUAAAAAGAGAAGAGAUUGUAUAAUGUGUCAAAUAUAUUAUUUGAACUUAAAAUGUACCUUUUUUAUUUUCUGUAGCAUGUAAUGUGUUAAUAUACAUUGUCAAUAAAAUGAUAC